UUCACCGGUUCUUGACCGUACACCGAUCGAAAGUACACUAGUUAUUCUCAAAGUCGCUAUACACACACACACAGUAGCAGCCAUAAAAAGUACCACUGGUACCGGUAGCAUUCCCACAACCACCACUCUCACUACCACUACCACUACCACUAACGGCGUUACAUUCCAACCGUCGGCCAUCAUUCCGCCACCGGUACGGCCGUUAUGUAAGUUAGGGUGGCACACAUCACAUAAUAACCUCAUUCUCUCUCCUCCAUUCUCCUCCACACAGAUAUUAAUGCACAACCGUAUAUGAUUUAUGUGUGUGUGUGUGUGUGUUGUUGAUCAGUAUCUGGUUAGGUUUUCCGUAAUAACUUUGAAGUUUGAGCAACUUUAUGUGAUUCGUUGCUUGCAUCUUCAUCAACGUUACCGUUUAUGUAACGGUUUGUUUAUUUACUUGUACGCGUAAACCGCUUGAAUUUGAAUCUAUGAUUUGUUUACUUUAAGUUUUCUCCGAUCCGGUUGUUGUGAUGGAAACGGUUGCAUUUGUAAGCGGUGUGUUCGAUUUGGAGGUUUAAUUGCUCCAAAUUGGAUUGCAUCUGAUCUGAUUUUGAAGACUUGUUUGAAGAUUUGUUUGAAGAUUUGGAACACAGUGUUGAGAUCGGGCGUUAGAGUUUGAUAUGUUGACUUGUAUUGCUUGUUCGAAGCAGCGGACCGGUGGAUCUCUUCACGAACAGGAAGAAGAUGAUACUGCCGUUACGCCUCGCACUAAUACAGCCAUUAAAGCUCUCACACUUCAGAUCAAGGAUAUUGCAGUGAAGGCAUCUGGAGCUUAUAAGAACUGCAAGCCUUGUUCCGGAUCGUCGGAUCAUAACCGGACGAAUGGUGAUUAUGCGGAUUCUGAAGCAGGUUCAGGUUCCGGUAGAUUUAACUGCGGGUAUCAGAGAACUUGUAAUUCUACACCUAGGGUUUGGGGGAAGGAAAUGGAGGCCAGAUUGAAGGGGCUUUCGAGUGGUGGGAGCACUCCGGCAUCGUAUAGUGACCGAAUUGAAUCGAUUAAGUUCGUUGAGGAAGAUGAGGUUAAAGAAUGGGUUGCUCAGGUUGAACCAGGGGUUCUCAUCACGUUUCAUUCGUUGCCUCAAGGAGGAAACGAUCUGAAACGAAUACGAUUCAGUCGUGAAAUGUUCAACAAAAGGCAAGCUCAAAGGUGGUGGGCUGAGAACUCUGACAAGGUUAUGGAGUUAUAUAACGUUCAGCGUUGCAAUCAUCAAGGUGUACCGGUACCCGCUCCACCAAAAGCUGAAGAUGAGAGCUCAAAAAUCAGAUCUUUUGAGAACAGCCCAGUGACACCACCACUUAGCAAGGAACCGCCACCUAGGAAUUUCUACCCAAAACAAACCUCUAACGUCUCUACCGGGCCUGCAUCAACGCCUGCACUGUCGAGCAUAAGUGGGGCCAAAACUGAAACAUCAUCAUUGGCUUCUGCAAGGAGUAGUUCAUCCAGAGAGGGUGAUGAUCACUCUGGAGAGCUUUCUAUGAGCAACGCGAGUGAUGUGGAAACCGAAUGGGUCGAGCAAGACGAGCCAGGCGUCUACAUCACCAUCAGAGCACUGCCAGGUGGCAACCGUGAGCUCAGGCGUGUUCGAUUCAGUCGAGAAAAGUUUGGCGAAACGAACGCAAGGGUGUGGUGGGAACAAAACAGAGCCAGAAUUCAAGAGCAGUAUUUGUGAUAGAUAAUAAGCCUUAGCCAGUCUUUGUUUGGAGACGAUUCUUGUUUUCUCUAGGCCGUGUAUCUUCAAUUCGACAAUUUCAAUUUUUGUGGUGACUGUUUUUCUUUUCCAGAGAUGUGGCGACAUCUUGGGUCAGGGCGCGUCACCAUUCAUUUGAAAAUCAUAGUGAAGUAUGUGUUGGAAUUUAAGCUUAUAUUAUAUCAUUUCCGGUAACGCUUAAUUUGGACAUUUUCUAAUAAGAUAUACGUGUUAACUUGC